AUUGGCAACUCUCAAUUUGUCAAAUUGUUAAAGAAUAUGGCGUCGUUUUGACCAGGACGCUCCGGAAUCUUUAUAUUUUUUCUGCAAUAAAGUUAUUUAUGUAUAGAAAUUCCUUGGGAAUAGGUACUUAAGUCCAGGGUGGACUUGUUAUGGCAACACCAAACAGUUACAAACAAAACGCAUCAAUGUCGAUGCCAAGUCCACAAAACAAUCCGCACUACAUGAUUGCGGGGCCCCCAAUGAGUUUCGGUAUGAUGAAAGGCGGUAUGAAUGCACCGCCGCCGCACCAUAACCAAUACCACUACCACCCGCAAUACCAGGGUGGUCAGAUGGGCCACCCGGGUGGGUACGGAGGCUGGCCUCAGAGCCAACCGCAACAGCCCCGUUUCGGUGCAGAGGGCGCGCGGCGCUCCGCCACUGGAGGCUCCGGCGGCGGCCAGGCCGCACAGUCUGGGAAGGAUGAUAAGACAAGCCCGUUUGUUUCCACUAUUCAUUCGCAUCCUGGUUUCCAACCGCAGAAGAUUGGCAAAGGUGCUGGGGCGGGUGCUGGCCUACCAAAACCACCAAAGCCACCAGAAAAGCCCCUGAUGCCAUACAUGAGGUACUCCCGCCGGGUUUGGGACAGUGUAAAGGCAUCACACCCCUACUUGAAGUUAUGGGAGAUCGGCAGAAUCAUCGGAGGCAUGUGGAGAGAUUUGCCUGAAUCUGAGAAAGCUGGAUUCGUAGAUGAAUAUGAAGCAGAAAAGUCCGAGUACGAGAAAAGCUUGAAGACAUACCAUAAUUCGCCGGCGUACCUUGCGUACGUGGCAGCAAAAAAUAAAGCAGUAGCAGUAGGCAACUUGGAAGAGGAAAGCUCUGGCAAGAAGGGAAGCUCACAGAAGGAGCAGCAACAGCAAGACAGAAGGAUUGAUAUACAACCCGCUGAAGACGAAGAAGAUCAAGACGAAGGCCUAUCCGUAAAACAUGUGGCAUAUGCACGCUACUUACGCAACCACCGGCUCAUCAACGAGAUAUUCUCCGAUACCGUAGUGCCGGACGUCCGAUCCGUCGUCACCACGGCACGGAUGCAGAUCCUAAAGAAACAAGUGCAAUCACUGACGAUGCACCAGAAGAAGCUGGAGGACGAACUUCAACAAAUAGAGGAGAAGUUUGAAGCUAAGAAGCGCAAGUUCAUCGAAAGCAGCGAGACAUUCCAAGAGGAACUUAAGAAGCAUUGCAAACCGGCCGUGGACGACGAAACAUUCUCGCGUAUGGUUGAAAGAGCUCUGGAACAGAUGAAACGGGGCAUCAACCCUGCUACCCAGCCACUGUCGCUCAACGUCGCUGAGAGGAAAGAUGAGCCAAUGGACACUGAACAGAAUCAGAUAAAAAGCGAGGCGAACGGACCGAAUCCGCCCACGCAAGUCGAUAAGGUUUCCACCACGGACGUGAAGCCUGAAGCCGGCAGCGUCACCACCACCGAGCUGAACAAGACUGAAGACUUGAAGAAGGAAGCCGAUAACAAUGAUGAAGUAGGAGAACGCAAGGAAGAGAGUCGAAUAGAGAAAGUGGAGAACAAAGAGCCCCCGGCACCGCACCAGCCCGUGCAACACGUGGCCUCGCCGCCCCAUCAUCCGAUGAUGAUGCCACCGAAUCCUAAUGCUCCUCCAGCACACCCUGGACCUCCGCAUGCUGGACCGCCUCCGCCACCAGGCGGUUACGGCGCAGCCUACGGAGGCAGAUACUACGGCGGUUACGGGGGCGGAUUCCCGCCCGGCUACUACUACGGGGGUGCGGGCCCGGCCCCAGGCCCCGGCCCCGGCCCGGGCCCAGCCCCGGGACCCGAGCACUACCACCACGGGCCUCCGCAUUUACCCCCAGCGCCCCAACCUCUACCGCACCAUGACGGCAAACCGGAUGAACCACCUGCCAAGAAGGAGUCCGAAUGAUUAUCGCCGAAACGCGUCGUCAAGCGGCGGCGCAAGUCCUCGUCGAAGGACACCCCAUGAAUACGCCCGAGUGCUUACGGUGUGCUCUUACAAGACGUAUUUCUCCAUAUAAACUGAACUCUAGUAACAUGGAGACAUUUGUGCAUGUAAUUACUAUGUGUAAGUGUUUAUAAAUGAUAGUGAAAUUGUGAUGUUGUUUAGCUGAAAACUAAUAUAAAGGCAUAUACAAUUCAUAAGUGAGUGUUGGAAGAAAAGUGUGCGUUUUUGGAAGUUUUUAUUGGUAUAUGAUAGCAGUAUAGUAACAUAUAUUCAUUAUAAAUCAAUAGAUUUUCUUAUAUUUGAAAUUUAUGCAGAGAAUACCAUGAUCAGAACAUCUACUAUAAGCUUAAGCGUAGCUUAAGAUGAAAAUUUGUUUAAUGUGUAAUUAAAAUACAAUAAAAGCUCCUUAUUCACGCUUCCUUAAGAAAUUGCCACCAAAUUCCUAUAUUCGCAGAUAUAAUUGAAAUAAUGAUGAUUCGGUACCCUUUGUUAAUGCGUCGAAAGAUAGAGUAAUUAUAAAAGUACAAAAGAUCAUAUCACAACUUAGCCUAAACUAUCUUGUCAAAUGGUAUCAAAGGUGCAUGUCACGAUUCGCCUUUUCCUUUGAUAUGAACUGCCUUCGCCGCGGUAGGUGUUUUUGAUAAAUGAACAGAAAAAAAAGUAAAUGAACAGAAUAAUGUUUAAAAAUAUUUAAUUAAAACCAUCUUAUUACUCUAUGAUUAAAGUAGGUAUAUUGUUAAAUGCCCACCACCUUAAGUUUUAGACGAUCUGCCAUCCGGCAUGCCCUUUGGUAAGAGCCGCUUUGCGUGGUUUAUAGUCUGCCUUUAUUUAAUCUAAUAUAUAAAAUUCUCUUGCCACGGUGUGCGUAAUUGAAGAACUCCGAAACGGCUCGACCGAUUUUCGUGAAAUUUUAUAUGCAUAUUGAGGAAGUCUGAGAAUCAGACAUCUAUUUUUCAUCUCCGUAAAUGUAAGUGUCGUCCACCCUUAAUUAUUUACAUGAACAAAAUUUUUUGUUUUUAUUUUUUUAUGAUACAUCAUACAAAAAUACAUACAACCCUAAAUUUUCACCCCUUUACCACCAACCCCUAUUUUUUAUGGGGGUACGAAGAUCGCUGGGACAGCUAGUAUUCAUUAUAAAAAUCAUUAUCAAGUAACAUGUCUCCUAAUUUUUAGAUGUUAACUAAAAAAAAGAAAAAAUUAGUGCUACCGCUUGAAGUAAAAGUUCUUUAAACUCUUGCCAACUCCUGACAGUAAAAAUUAAACAAUAUUGUGAAAAACUUCAAUUAAAUUGAUUAAUUAAUAUAGUGGAGCCCCGGUAAUCCGGCCCCUGGCUAAUACGGCACCCCCUAUAAUCCGACAUCGUCUAUUACAUAGGGUGCGUCCAAAAAUUACGUGAGGUGUAUUUUUGAAUUUUCUGUCCCUCCAUCCCCCCCUGGUGAGAUGUCGUGAGAUUUUAUUCAACCCCCUCCCCCAUCCCCCAAUCUCAUGUGAGAAUUUUCAAAAUGAGGGUUUCUUACGUAAACUCAUGAAUUAUUAUUGUAAAAAGAAAAAAAAAUAGUUUCGUGCUUUUAUUUUAUUCAGUUUAAAUUGAGCUAUUUGGUAUACAACAAAUAUAGUGGUUUGACAGUCAGUAGAUGUAUAACUUCGAACUAUGAAUGAAAUUAUUUUCUUUCGAACGAAUUAGUGAAUGAUCUUAAUCGUAUUAUGAUUACGCUUAACAUUAAAUCUUAAGCAUGUACAAUCUGAAUUAAAUGGACGAAAAUACUUUUUUUUUUGUUUCAAUCAGAAAAAAAAUGGGUGCGUGUACUUAUGUAGGCGCGUGAGAAGUUAUCCUUCUUUGGCAUCGUUUAAAAUUAGUUUUUAAUUGCAUGCAAAUAAUUAAUUACAAUAAAUUAAUAAAAAGUCUGGAAAAGGACACAGUCAAUAAAGUUCAGUUUUAAUUUGAAAAAAUAAAUAAAUAAUCAAAAUAUUUAAUUAAAAUCGCUACUGAAUAUAAUUUAUUAGAACUUAUGUGAUUUGCACUUGUAUGAAACUCAAACACGUAUUCCGAAUAUACAAACUAGAAACAUGUGGAUAAAUAUUAUAAAUAUGAAUACCUAUAACUGUUACUUUAUUACAAAAAAUAAAGAUGUGGUUUUUGGUUCUACUACACCAAUGGUCAAGAGAUGGCGCUGUAGUAUCCUGAAUCGCGCUUUGGUUCCGUUGUUCCAGAUUAAUAAAUACUUUUGACAGGCCUUCACAAUGCAGUCGUUAGCACCCACUGAAUAUAGAUUAUAUUUCUAUUUUAUUGGUAGAUUUUCUUAAUGUGCGGUAAACACAAAAGUAACGCAUGAAGUUGGUCGCUAAAGCGACCAACUUCAUGCUGUUAAAAUUUUGUGUUACAGUGAUGCGCGCGCAUCUUAAAAUUUCACUCUCAUCAUUUUUUCAUAACGCGCCUAAAGAAGUAUAACUUCAAAAAAUUGCGUGAUAUUUGCCGAGACCCCCCCUCUCCAACGUAAGAUUAGAUGAGAUUUGACUUGACCCCCUUCCCCCCUUAAACAUCUCACGUAAUUUAUGGACGCCCCAUUCAAGUAUUCGCUAAUUCACGAUUGAACA